AUGAAAGCCCAACCCCUUCCAAAGCGUAUUUUGAGCGGGUGGGAUCGGAUAGUUUCCGAGACGCUUCAGACAUACGAAAAGAGUCGCUCUGAUGAGAAAACCAUUAAAACGACUCUUCUUGACUUGGCAACCGAGGCAGUUCGCGAGCGAUAUCGUCGCUGGCGUUUAUCCACCAAGGAGGAAUUGGCCCAGAAGUUGAAGAUCUCGAAAUUAGUUUCCAACUGCAUCCAGAACUAUUGGGACUCUGUUGGUUGUAAGACUGAAGAUACGUCUUCUUUGUCCAAAACCGAGCAAUUACAAUAUAAUGAUGUUGUUGAAACCUUCAAGAGUUGUCCUUUUCCAGCCGACGAUAAAGUCUCUGAAGAUCCGAUGACGGUUUUAAAAAAAGUUGGUGGAUUGACGAAGAACCAAAUGGCGGAGGUAGUUAAUGUGAUAGAGUCUGUGUCGAAGUUCAUUAGUCAUGAAGAGGAAAUCAGUCUUUUAGAGAGUGUGAGAGGCGGUGUAGUUGUUGGCAACGUCCCGCCAUUGGCAGAGCUCUUCAAAAACUUCAACGGAGAAAAGUUUCCCAUUUUAAUUGUAUUAAAGGAUUCAACGAGUAUAGGUAACUUGGGUAAUUUAGUGCAAAUCAUUGGGAGAUAUAGUCGUGUUAUUGCGCUGAGUGAGAACGACGAGAACAAUAUCUUGAGGAUUACUCGUGGGGGGAGUGAGGUUGUUAUUGUUAGCCACGCGGUACUUAAGCGAUGUCUUUCCACAAUCUCAAUCAAAAAGUAUGAGAUUGUGAUAUAUGAGAUGGAAGACGGAACGGAGCCCACAACAGACGCUUAUAAGCUGAAUUAUAACUCGAUCAUUGUUCUAACAAAAUCUUUCGACUACUGCUUCCCAAGAUUCCUCGUCUUACUCUUUCCGAACGAACUCACUUCGACGUUUUGGCAAAGGUGUAACGCAAGUCACUUGAAUUCCCUUUCCAAACUUUUAAAGGCGAUGGUCAUUAAUGUCAAACACCAAGAAGUGUCGACUGUUAAAACGUUACCAGACGUGUUGCCUGUGAAGAUCAUCCGCAACACCGAAUUUCCAGAACCUCCACUUCUCGAAAUACCACAAUUUCCGGAAUUCUUGUUAAUUGACAAGCAACUGUUCUGUGAAAAGUUAGAGGGGAAAACGACACUUGAAGAG